AAGCCAGCCGCAUUCGCCGGGAUCCGGCAGUCAGUUACGAGCAGUGCGUGUGGACGGCGUCGAAGGAGACGUGAGCCCGAGCCGAAGGACACGCAGAGUCGUGGUACUGUUUACGACGGUUUCCCUAAUGCCUUGUAUCACAAUGGUGGCAGAGCUGAUGACGUCAAAAGAACGCCGAAUGAGACACAAGAUGGAUGAGCAGCUGUAUAGUGAAAUUCUCUACAAAAUAUUGCACUUCAAAGGCUGUGAUGCAGACUUAGAGCGCUCUGCAAUACUGGAAUACUUUCAAAAAGCCUCUGAAGUGGAUGAAAAAAUGCACAGCCAUCUCCUUGAAGUAACAAAAUUAAGAAAGGCACCAAAAAUUCUUCUUAAUGUUGAAGUAAUGGAAGCCAUGAUCCUGAAACCUGCUAAUGUAAACGGUUUCAGCCACCCAUUCUGUACCCUGUACUUGGUUUCUAACGAUAGCUUGCAUUGCAGCACUUCAGUAAAGCCAGAAACAUUAAAACCGAUAUGGGAAGAGAAGUAUCAGCUACCCAUAGAAAAUUCUACAGUUGAUGAUGUCCUCUGUGUUAAGCUCUGGAAUUUCAACGGAGACAAGACAGUAGAAGAGAAGCUGAAGAAUAUUAAAAAGGUGAAGGGUGUGAAAGGUCUGAAAAUACUACUAAAAGAUGUUGCAUCUUCAGCAUCUUUGGACAAACAUGACAGAAAAAUGAUUGGAAGUUCAUUAAUUCCUUUGAAGGAUAUUCCAGCAGGAGGCCACAUACUGUCAUGCAGUGUGUGUAAGAAAGAUAAAAUGAAGAAACGAGGUGAUGUGAAGCUCCGCCUGGCAUUCCAUUUUGAGAACACAAACACCGCAUUCCAGGAACAUAUGUAUCUGAUAAAGAAUGUAGUUCUAUACGAAAUUAAAAUGUCACAGGUAGAGCCACACAGCUGGAAUGGAAGUCUGUCAAGACUUGCAGAGAAAAUACUAACUCAGCAUCGUGUUCAGAGUGGUCUGCCGCUGGUGUCUGAACUCCUGGCUCAGUGGAUUGAGUUCAGUAAUAUUCACACAUGUCACCCUCUUAGCUUCACUGUCUUCAUGCCUUUGAAACAGAAACUGAGCAUGGCCAUUCAAGAAGGCUUGGUCACAGAGGAAGAGAAGAUACUGUUCUGGAAGGCUGCCGUUACAUUACUACCAUCCCUUCUGUCUGGUAUUAGAAAUAUACAAGUAUUGGCUUCAAGUAAGAGAACUAUAAAUGAACCUUCUACUAUUCUCAGUCUUCUGACUCUUUUCCAAGAACUUCAGCCUCCAAAAGAUGUAAUCUCUUUUCCAGCUGCAUGUAAUGACUGUCUGCCGUGGAGAAAGAGCAUAAAUCACAGUGACAUUCGCGCUACAGUUAUUGAAACAACAACAGAAGGAGCAGCUGAGUGGUUUACCAAAGUCACUGAAGAAUAUGGUGUAAAUGAUGUUAGCAAUGAAGAAGAAAAGAUAAGAGGACUUCUUAGCGUGGUAACCGCUGUGACAGAAUCUCUGCAGAAAGCCUUUGAUCUUCUUGACCCAGCUUACCAAAAGUAUUUUAAUUUCCAAUACGCAGAUACACUCUACAAACUAUGUGAUGAUAAAUUGUCAGAGAUUAUUGAACCAACUGUUGCAAGCAUAUGGAAUAGCAUGAACCCACUGAAGUUCAAGGAUGGCUCAGAAAGAGGGGUGUAUGACAAUGAUCCUUUAUCCCUCGGUUCUCUUUUGUUUGAGCUCUAUACUAGCCUGCAAACAUUUUAUAGUUAUCUUAACAGGACAGGUCACACAAAGAGCCAAAAAAACUUGGAUUUAACCCUUCCUAACAAGUUCCACCAGUGGUUUCAUCCAGGGGUCAUUCAUUGGCUCCAUAUAUCACAGUACAAAGCAUUGCAGGGAAUACAGAAAGCUGUACAACUGGACAGGUUCGUUCCCGUUUACACCGCCACCAAAUGCAGUUCGUCUGCAUGCGAUAUUCUUCACAUAUUUGUUCAGAUGAAAAUCUCUUGGGAGCAGCUUGCCUGGCCAGAUGCCAGUGCCUUGAAACAUUUUGCAGAGAAAUUAAUUGGUGGUGUCUGUGAGUGUUUAAUUUUCUAUGCUGAUCAGAUGUGUGAAAGAAUAGAGGAGAUAUAUAAUGGUGAAAAUAUAAAUGACAUGGAAAUUCAGGCAUGGUGCUUAGCAGUGACGAACAUGGACCAUGUGCAACAGUCAGUCCAUUCUAUUUGGAGAUUUGGGGUGGAUGAAAUUGAUACAAGUGACAAUGAAAUUGAAAGUAGUUCAACAGAAAACAACAGGCAGACUGUAAAAGUAAUAAUUGAUAACACAAUUGAAGCAGCAAGGAACAAAAUAUGUGAGGUGGCCAUUCAAAAGAUGAUGCCUUCAACGAGCAAAAUCUUAAUGAAAGCAUUUGAGGACCUUGACUAUGAGCAGAAGAUAGCCAAGUUCAUGAGUCACCUGGACUGGAACCUACAAGCUCUUUGUUCUCAUCUUGAUUCCAGUAACUUCAAUUGUCUUCUGAAUUUAAUCUUGAAGAAUUUGGGCUUUAGACUAAGUGAGGUCUUGGAAAUAAACCUGAAGUUACAGAGAGAGCAUUCGUUCUUUAAGAAAUUUUAUGAGGUUCUACAGAAUUUAACCAGAUUCUUCAAACAGCUGAAUGAAAGCACUGAUGUAAGCAGCCUGACAGACCUAGAGCAACUUUUGCAAGUUCAUGUAAUGGACACAUGGGAGCUGGUGCACCAGUAUCGCAUGGAGCAACUUUCAGAACAAAAAGCGAAGCAGACACCUGAUCAUGGUCUUCUUACAGUCAAGAUGAUGUUUAUGGAAGAGAUCCUGAAGAUUGAGAUUUUGAAUGCAAGGAAUCUUCAGCCAGUUAGUAGUAAAGGUUCUUGUCAUCCAUAUGUAAAAAUUUAUCUGCUACCAGAAAAUAAAUUUCUGGGUGUUACCCAGCGAAGAACAAAGGUUCAGAAGAAUACAGCAUUUCCACUCUUUGAAGAAACCUUCGUAAUGCCACUGACCUCAGUGCAGCUGAAUGUUGAAAAUGCAAUGGUGAUGUUCGUGGUUAAAGAAAAGACAUUCCUAAGAAGAAACAGGUAUCUGGGGGAAACAUUUAUCUCUUUUGAUGAUAUUCCUAGGUAUGAUGGUUCAACAAAAUUUGAACACUUGGAACAGAUGCAUUUAAAACUCAACCCACCAACAAAACUGGAUUCUGGAGCAUUUGUUGUUCUUGAACACUAUCGUGAAGAAUUAGUGAGGGAAUUUAUCAGAGGCAGAAAACUGAGCAAAUACAAGAAUAACACUGCACAUAAUAUCCAUGCCUUCUCUGCAGAUGUGUGGCAUUCUAUAAUAAGUGUGAUGUCUUAUAUGAGCAAGGGCCCACUCCAUAUCAUUUGUUUACCAUUUCUGCCUCACAUAGGAAUAUAUAAUCAUCAAGAUGACCAUGGCGGAGGCUUUAUAAGAUUGAAUGGACGUUCGAGAAUGUAUUCUGGAGAAUUCAGUGUCACAGCUUGCAGGCGAACUUUGCCCUAUGAACAGUAGCUGUGUGAACCUCGACAAUUGAGUCAAUGAUACUGCGCUCAAUAUUUAUGUGAUGAUUGAUUAGUGAUCACAGUGGCAGACUUUUCAUGUGAUUGAAUUUCACGUAAAAAUAAAUUAUCCAUUUCGUUAUAGCACUAGUGUUAGUGAAAGAUGAACUUUUCUGGGAAGAAAUAAAUUCCUGGGUGAAAUGUU